ACAGGAAACAUUCAUAUAUGAAUGUUUAUCAUCAUUGUCGCGUCCAGUUAGUGACUGGUAAUUAUUUUAGAGAAAAAGCAGCCGAGCAGCAUUCUCGGGUUAAUUUUUGAAGGUUUUAAAUGGGGCUGCUGGAAUUAAGAUGUAACGGAGUUUUUUUCCCCCUAUACGGUCAUUAGGGGGCAAUCACUGAUCCUAAAGAGAAGAUCUGCGGCCAUGGGGGGAUAUCUAAGGCGAAAUCUGGCAACCCCUGGACCCAGCUCACAACAUCUCAGGCCACACAGACGCCCAGGAUCCCCGAUAUGGUGCGGCGUUCCUGCACCCUGCGCUUCGGCGACGGCGCUUUGCGGGGCCAGUAGGCUAAUGCUGCGGUCACCGGGCAAGUCUGGCGAGCAGAGGCAGCCGGCUUCGCCCUUUCGGUGCACUUUGUCUGCAGCGCUGAAAGAAAUAAAACGAGGCCAGGGGAGCUUACAGCCAGUCGGCGGAAAGGAGGGAGCAGGAGGAGGGGGGGGCAAUUAGGAGCCUCGGAAAACAUGGCAGCAUCCCUUAUCCGAGCCUGCCGCAGUCUGGCUCUGUCGACAUGGCUGCUCUCCUUCUGCUUCGUGCACCUGCUCUGUUUGGACUUCACCGUGGCUGAGAAAGAGGAGUGGUACACCGCCUUCGUCAACAUCACCUACCGGGACCCGCUGAGCUCGGAGACCGUGACGGAGAAGACCGAGUGCGGCCGCUACGGCGAGCACUCCCCGAAGAGGGACGCCAGGGGGGUAGUGGCGAUGCCGUCCUCCGCCCCCGACCGGCAAACCUGCGACCCUGCCACUCGCUUCGCCCUCCCCCCCGACGGAGGGCCCUGGGUCGCUUUGAUCGCCAGGGGCAAUUGCACUUACAAGGAGAAGAUCCGGAAUGCCGCUAGCCGCAACGCAUCGGCGGUGGUCAUUUAUAACGUGGGGUCCGUCAAUGCCAACGAAACGAUCACCAUGCCGCAUCAAGGUACUGGGGACAUUGUGGCCAUCAUGAUCCCGGAGCCCAAAGGGCGUGAGAUCGCCGCCUUGAUGGAGAGGAACGUGACGGUGACCAUGCACAUCACCAUCGGCACACGGAACCUACAGAAGUACGUGAGCCGCACCUCCGUGGUCUUCGUCUCCAUCUCCUUCAUCGUCCUCAUGAUCAUCUCGCUGGCCUGGCUCGUCUUCUACUACAUCCAGAGGUUCCGCUACGCCAAUGCCCGUGACCGCAACCAGAGGCGCCUAGGGGAUGCGGCUAAGAAAGCGAUCAGCAAGCUGCAGGUGCGAACCAUCAGGAAGGGAGACAAGGAGAUGGAGUCAGACUUCGAUAAUUGUGCUGUCUGCAUCGAGGGCUACAAGCAGAACGAUGUGGUUAGAAUCCUCCCAUGCAGACAUGUCUUCCACAAGAACUGCGUUGACCCUUGGCUGCAGGACCACCGGACUUGUCCCAUGUGCAAGAUGAACAUCCUAAAGGCUCUGGGCAUCCCUCCCAACGCUGACUGCUCUGACGACAUCCCGCCAGACUAUGAGGCCUCGGUGGGCGGCCCGCCCACCAAUCAGUUGUCCGGAUCCAGUGACCUCACGGCAAAUGAGAGUUCGGUGGUGCUGGAUCCUGGGGCAGGGACAGUUAGCCUUCCUCAAGUCCUCCCAGACGUAGACCCCCUUGCUCAGGCCGGAGAGAGCCGCCACAUUGCCAGCAGUGAGCACCAGCCCCCCAUGAGUAGUGACUCGGACACCUCCCUCAUCAUGGCUGUGGAGGCAGGGCUCUCCGACAUGGAGCUGUCUUCUGAGCAGGAGCGGGAGGAGGUCAAGUCCUGAGCAGAGCCAAACAGCAGUCUGGUGGGGGGUGGGAGGUGUGGACAGUGGAGUGAGCGAUGCCGGGUAGGUGGGGUUUACAGGAUGAACUGAACUCCUCUUCUAGGUGUUUCUGGACAGCGGUGGUUCAGAUAAGCAAUAGAAACACAGUGAUAUUAUCUCUCUCUAUCUUUCCAUCUCUCUCUCUCUCUCUCUCUCUCUCUCGCUUCUAUUCUGAAUUUGCACAUCAUCAGCUGGGCUCGGUCUCACCUGAUGUUCUUUUUUUAAGAUCUUUACAGCUGGCUUGAAAACAGAGCGGGAAAAAUCGCAGAUUUUUUUUUUUUGUGUGUGUGUGUGUUUCAAGGACACCGUCGCCGUCGAGCUCUGGACGUUGCCGUUUCGACACCGCUUUCCUUCUCUCGCCUGUGGAAAUCUCACGUUGAUUUCUUUUUACGAGAUCACUGCCAAACUAUUCCAGGAAGAGACACAACUUACGCAUAUAUAUAUAGAUAUAUAUAUUGCAUACAGCACUUGCUUGCAGUUACUGUAUCCUGGAUUUGCUGGUGGCCAUAGGCCUGUUCUGAUGGGCAGUGAAUUGUUCUGUGAUCACACUGUAAACAUAUUUUUGCAACCAUCUAUUUUUUUCAUAUAUGGUGUAAUAAUUUAGGUCCUUUUUAGUUAAAUAUUUUUGUCUUGAAUCUGUAGACCAGUUUGUCAUUUUAUUGUAGGUGCUGAUAAUGCGUCCACCCCAAAAAAAAAACCUUCCCCCUGUGCGUCGGGAUCCUAUAAAUCAGUUUCUGUCAUACUCAGGCAUUAUACGGUGGUUUCACUGCAGAAAACGGGUCAACGAACUAUACAGCUUGUCGACGUAGCACUGCAGCGAACUAUGCAGAUGCCGUCCUGGUAGAGCACUGGCCCGGCGUACUGUACCGAACCGAGUUCUGCUCAUGAUCCAAGCUGCCCAGUAGUUCUGCUUUGGCGUUUUCCUCGCACGCGCGCUUCCGGUCUGAACACGAACGCGAUCACGAGACGCACAAAUAACCGUUUCCACGGAAACAGGCAAAUAAGGGGGGGUGACAGCCUGCGUGCACUUAGCGAGGAAAGAAAAAUAAGCCGUUCUGCUAAUUAAUUAAUUAAAGUUAAUUACAAUUUUUACAUUUCCAUGGCAUCUUCGAGCUCAGAUUUCAUUAUUAUUUUUAAGGCUUGAAGGUGUGUGAUCACGAACGGAGGAAAGCUGAAAUCUGACAGAUGACCUUUAUUUUAGUAUCGAAAGUUUUAUUUUUAUAGUUGGGGAUUGAAGAAAAAAGAAAUCCUGUUUACAUAGUCUCCGAAUGUUGUGGAUCGAGGAGUCUUUUUACUGUAUUACACGCUUUAAAGAGGUUUUAACGCCAUCCGGCCCCAUAUUACGCGCUUUAAUGUGGUGUUAACACCCCCGUAUCUCCCCGGUCGCCGCAGUCUCUGUGUCAUGCAACCAAAGAGGCAGAUCACGCUUGGAGAGGCGAUGGCAUCUUCACGCCGCCAGGACACUCUGUCCCCUGCGGGAUGCAAACUGUAUCCAUUCUGCCACAAAAUCGCCAGAAUGUCGACGGCGCGUUUUUUUUUUCUCCAAACGAGCGGAAAGUAAUGGCCUUACUGGGGGCGGAUCCCUCCUGUCGCAUUGCUCACAGUAACCCCAUGCCGUGUUACUAAAAUCGAAAAAAAAACACACAGAUUAUUAAACCAAUUCGUCCACCCUCUCCCUCUUUGCGUUGAUCAGAUUCCUUUAAUUGCACACUUCUGGCAACCUUUUGGCUUAAAAGUCCUUUAAUUUAUCUGAAAAUCUGAAAGUUGACCACUUACCUGCUUGAAAUCUGUUUUUAAGGUGUUUGCAUACUGCUGUGCAAAUGAACAAGAUGAGGACUGAAGAUACCUGAUUUUUUUUUCUGGUUCUGAACUGUUGGUUGUAAGGGUGGGGUCUUUCCAUCCUUUGCAGUAGCUGGAUGAGGACAGAUGGGGUGGUAUGCUGGCAAGUGGAGGGACUCUGAUCACUAUGACAGAUGUCAUUCCCCUGCUUGUCCCUAGGUGGUGCUCUCCUGCAUCAGUUUCCAUUGUAAAACAUGAUAGAAUUACACGGUCUGCACAGUCUCGCUCACCUAUUUGGAAGCUUUUCAGAGAUUUUUGCCAGUGCUUUCAAAUGCAUUGAUCUAAAUGGUCUGCAUUUAAUGCUAGGACCCGCCCCCACAGCCAUACAUGGGCGACCCACCAGCCUGGCACACACACAAGGCCACAGGCCAGCAUGUCCGUUGGGAUGAGUUGAGAAUCCCAGUCUGGGCAGACAGAAGUAUUUCUGUCACGGGAGCAGAAGAUCGCUGGUGCUUUUGGUCCCGUUUUUACUCGUCGCGGGCGUUCCGUGCCAUGUUUUUCUGGGAGGAGUUUAAUCCUUUAAGGCUUUAACCCCAAACCGAUUCUGUGCGAAUAUACCUCACUGCAGCGGGCUUGACUUGUGGGAGGUUUGGUCGUUCGUAGCCUUGCUUUGCAAAAUGUGGUCUGACGCCUGCCCCGCUAAACUUAGGCCAGCGGUGAGUCCGCACCCCUAGAAUGACAGGAUUUUCCAUUGGCCCGGGGUUAAUUGAAAAGUGUGCUUCUGACUCUGGCCUGAGAAUAUCAAGCACAGUUUCCAGCUAUUCCCAUCAAUGCACCCUCCCCCCCCCCCCCAGGCUGAACGUAAAAGCUCCAUGUUGGUAUCCGUUUGUUUUGCCGUGUCAUCUCAUAUUUCCGCUGCUUCUUCAAUCCAGCCAAGUGAUGCACGUCACACAUGUGUACAGAAUCGGCCUUCGCUUUUUUCCAUGUGUUCUCUCGCCUGACUCAAGUGCCUUUAGUUUUGUUUGUUGUUCUUCCUAGCAACUGUGGGAUUUGACCAUGAUUCCAUGCCACCCCAAUGGCCCCAUACUGGCGUCUUAUUAGUCCUGCCUUCGCCAUUCCGCAACACCCUGACGAGGCCUCCCGCUUCUCAGACGGCCCCCGAUCUUGAGAGAGCAACGGUUUCCGGUCUAAUUGGCUGGUGUCCCCUACAUCUGCGUGACUUUUAUUCACUUGGCAAGAUGUGGAUUGAGUUGUGACGCGGGUGUGUCAAACCAUCGAGAGAAUUUUCUUUGUAGGCGAAAUAAUAACACAGCAUGUUCGUGUAUUUAUUUUUUUUUUUUCUUCACGUAACGGAACUUGCCAGCGAAAUGUGCAUUGCUGCCUUCAUGGACCACCCCCCUGCACAGUCUCCGGUUGUCGUAUUUCUCCCGCAAUUUAUAAGAAAACGACCCCCGUAUGGAUUUUCGUAGCACAGCCGUGAUCGACAGGAGGGCCUUUUGUUUGCGUUUCCGUGGCAACUGCGGUAUCCCACGGUAACAGCCAGGGCGGCCUUCGCAUACUGUACUCAAAUCACGGUUUAUUAGUGUAGACCUUUUACUUCCAGUGCGAAGGAAAUGCAGAAUGUCCAGAUUUCUAGUUUUGUAAAUCGUUAGAAUGGCACAGUUGUAGGGAAUGUGGCAUCAAAUAUAUGCUUAUUUUUUCACCAGCUUAAAGAAGCACAUUGCAUUUGAGGCAAAUGUGGAUUGUAAUUUUCCCUCUAUUUUUAGGCACAAGAUUAUUCAUGCCCCCAGUACAGCCCCCGCCCCCAUCAGCCCCCCUCAAAAUCUUGUCUUUUUUGUAUUCAUUUCCUUUUAAACAGGUUGUACACAUCUUCCUUUUAUGCACUUUAGAAGUGGGGUACUGCAGAAUGAGUGGCGUACAGUCGGAAGGCGAUGAGACAGGAAGCGUCAGUCUGACUGAAGGUCGCGACCUCUCUGCCUGGCAGAUGCAGGCCGUGGGGAAAGUUGUUACUACAACUUAGUUCACUAUCCAGCAGAGUUACACAGUAUUGCUAUUUUGUUACAUAGAUGAAUAUGUAAAUAUGUGCAGAUGUGUGGAUAUACUGUUCUAGUCAAAUGUUGCACGUGUCAAUGAUUGUGAGAUACAAUAAAUUUUAUUGCAUUUUUUUCCAAA